CCAAUCAGCUGCAUGUUUGUUGUUUUGGAACCCCGCCCCUCCCGGCAGACACAAAAAUCGAGUUUGACAACAUUUCAGUUGCUCGGGUGAGGUGGUGAUGUAUCUUCUGCCAACAUCGAGGUUAAGUCAAUUUAAGUCAUCGUGACUUCUGGAUAUCAUGUUACUGAGACAGCUGGAACAAGGGCAAGCUCAGGAAAGGACGGUUUUCUGCCCCGGAAUAAUGACGACUUUCUCCACUUUUGCUAAUAGCUCUAAUUAUUAGCAAUGCUAAACAACAACAACAAGAAGAACAACGACGACGUGAAAUAGUUGUUCCAAGCGACUGCACUGCCUCAGUCCAGGUUGUCAGGUAACUCGGUGGUUAAAGUUACCUGUGCUGCCGUGACAAUGGAGGAGAAACCUGCCGCAGGUGUGCGCUACUCCAAAAUGAAUGUAGGCCGACACCUGAUCAACUUUGGGAUCAAUCCUGCAGCUUUUGCCUAUGCUAUGACUACGCUGGGAGCUGGCAUGAUAAACAAUAUAUUCAGCUUCUACUAUGUCAAACUCUUCAUUAACAAGUACAAGGUAUCGGAGGGAGCCUUCCAGCAAUCACAGAUGGUGUACAUGGUGUGGAAUGCAGUCAAUGACCCUCUCUUUGGCUACCUGCAAGAUAAUUCCAAGAUGCCGUGCUGCUCCCAGCGACGCCUCUCCAUCCUGUACGGUGCCCCCCUCUACUCGCUGACUUUUCUGCUAGCCUGGUUUCCGUGGCGGGACUACACGCCCGGUGACUGGCUGAGCGGCUUGCACUUGAUGGUGGCGCUGUGUGCUUUUGAUGGCAUGCUAACUUUUGUGCUGCUGGCUCAAUGUGCAUUGUUUGCAGAGAUUUCCAGCCACCAUCAGAGCCGACUAAGACUUAUAAAGUACAACCAGGUGGCUUCUCUCGUCGGCUCCUCCAGCAUCCUCUUCUGUGGUGUGCUGUCCAGAAACAUGGAGGACUUUGCGGCCUUCCAAGCCUUCACAGUGUUGAUCGCUGUCCUGAGCUGUGGCUGCAUGCUCUACACAGGUUUCCACAGCGAAAGCCGCUUUGAUAACAAAGGCUGCGAAUCAGAUGCAGCGUGCUCUGUUGGUGGGACUCCCGAUCAGUCAGCGGUUUCCUUCUCCACUUUAAGAACUUUGAUGUGGCAAAUCCUCACAGAAAGGGACUUCCAGCUUUUUGUGGUCAUGAACUUCUUCCAGGUUUUCAUGUUGGCCUUCUUUAAUAACUUCACCAUGAUAUUCACUGAGCACCUGAUUCCUCCAGAUGUGCUUCCAUCACUGGCCAAGAGUGUCAUGUAUGGAGCGGGAUUCAUCUGUCCACAGCUGUUGGUCUUGACCUGUCAGAAACUCCUCCACGGUCUUGGCUACUAUAAGAUCAUCCUCUUCACCUUCUACUUGGAGGCUGGAAUGGCAGUGAUCAUGCUAGCACUCGGGCCCCAGCACUACUACAUCCUGGCAUUUUUCCUCACAGUUAACAUGGUCCUAAUCCAAGCAACCUUCAGUCUGUUUGGCUUGCCUCUGGCUGACAUCAUUGACACAGACCUGCAGAAGUACAAGCGCAGUUCCCCCCUCUCUUCCAUGGUGUUUGGGACGAACGCUUUGUUCACAAAGCCGGGUCAAUCUCUGGCUCCUAUGCUAGCGCUUAAUAUCCUAAACCAGUUUGGGUAUGAACAGCUGAAGGACGCAGGAAAGGAUGCAGAUCUAAGUGAUCUGGAGAGUCUCCACAGUGUCAUGUUCUACUUGGUUUGUCUGGUGCCCCUGGUCAUUGCUGCCAUGCAAGUCCUGGCUUGGACACCGUUCUCCAUACGCAGCAGUCACACUGUUGACAUAAAGUACGUUGAUGGCUAAAAUGGAUGGUUGAUGGUUUUUAUUUAGCUGGGAAAAUCCUCUUUGUUAUUUCGGAUUUUCUGUUGAAUGAAUGUGUGAAUUACUGUAUAUUUUAGAGAAAUAUAUAUAAAACUGCGAACACAUGAACAACUGUAAAUCAUCACGACAGCAGGGGGCACAAGUAGAUAAACCCACAUAAUCAUCUUUUUAAAUUUCUAAAAACAUUAACUGAAAGCCUGGUGAUAAGUCUGUAACUUAACUUUCUCUAACUGUCUUAUCCUUUUCAAACAUAAGUGGAUAACUGGACCAAACACAGCAGGGAUGAUGAUACUUUGUUAAAUGUCAGACAUUGACCUUAGCAAGUCAUUAGCAUGAACAUGAUGCCAUGAUGGCUGUGUUCUGAAAUAAAAGGGCAGAUUUCUCAGAAGACAUGAGAAAAAUUCAGAAAAGAACUAUAUUUGUCUAAACAUUGAAACUGAAUGCAAAUUAAAAUGCUUUGGCAGAAACUGACUGAAAUUGUUGUGCGGCCUGCUGAAAGAGAAGCUGGCCGCAGAGAAUUUGGUAACAGACAAUUAAAAAAAGAUCAUGUCUGUGAAGCUUUAGCACCUAAAGGUCAGAGCUCUUGAACCGAGACAAGUCGAUGAAAGGUACCUGGACACUGAUGAUAUAGUGGCUUCUGACUUUCCACUGACUACCUCCUGUGUAGAAUCACAUUAUGCCACAUCGUGUUAUGAGGAAGAUAUGUACGUAAAUGUAGAGAAUAUUAAUGAGUAUAAUUUUCAGUCAAGGACUUUCAACAUUCCGGGGUUGAUUUUGGUUGUUGAAUUAAGGUCAUUGUUGACUUAAACUGUUUACACUCGAUCUCUUGGUGUUGGGAGACAUGAAUUUGGGACCUUAUAGAGCUCAACAGUGAGGUUCUGGAAGUGAAAAUGCCAUUCAUAUUCUGAAAAGAGAAUUUUGAUUAUUGGCCAUAAUGUCCUAACCAUCCAAAGCAGACUUAUCACGAGUUAUGAGAUUUUUAAUCGAGGGGACAUGAUCCUGUAGAAGCCACAAGUCGGUACGAUAUCAACCCUGUUUUAAGAAAAACACAUUUUAUUCGUGAUGUCAUGGAAAAGUACUACACUACCCACAAUCCUAUAGUGUAACAGCGACGUCUCUGAUUGGAAGAGCUCACUGUUACCAUGGAAAUGUUUACUGAACCGGCAAAUUUCAUGUUCGCUAGUUACUGCUGCCACUAAACUCUACGAUCGUUUACCACAGAGCUACUAUGAUUUCACUUUCUGACCGAAUGCGUUUUUUUUAGGGAUGAGGAGAAGAGUGUCGAAAGUUCACCCCACCAUGAAAUUCGCGGGUACAGUAAACAUUGCUAUGGUAACAGCGAGCUCCACCAAUCAGAGACGUCGCUGUUACAUUCGCAAUGGUUUAUGGGAUGAGUAGUUCCUUUACUUUUAAGAUGAUUAUGUACACAGUCUUGAACCUUUGGUUUUUUUCUCCGUUUUCCAACAUUUUUUUUUUUUGCGCCGAAUUAAAUGUUUUAUGGUCAUGGUUCAUCUUGUAGUUUAUUGGCUUGAUUCCAGGCUUUUAUGAAACGUCAAUGGAGUGAAUAAAUGGCAAAUUCACUUCUGGAACUGGAGCCAUUUAAAGGGUUCUUGAAGUCCCAAGGCUUCACCACAAGGUGGAAAAGUGGCCCUCAUAUUUGAUUUAAUUUCACUUUUUUAUCGGAAUGUUUCUCUGAGAUUUGUCUUGCAUCCCAAGACGAACCCCAACUUAACAUUUAAAGGUAUUCAACCAAUUGGUGGCCAAUUUUUACAUAUUGCAACUUUUUAACUAAGCAAAUACUACAAACAUGCUGUGAUGUCUAUUUUCACAUCCGGGGGGCCUUAUACAGACUUGUGUUUUACUUGAAAUUAUAACCAGUGCUUGAGAAACAUUCAUGCUGUUAUGUAAAAUCAGGAGUUUCCUUAUGUGACAGUUUGCAGUAGGGACUAGUGAAGGAGAGGAGGCAGAAAGGGAAGCACUCACUCAGAUGUUAGGGUGAAUGGUAAACACCUCAGCUGACUGCCAAAAGUUUAUUGAAUCUUUUAAUAUAAAAAGCAUGUAGACAUGUAAACACCCACUUUGACUUAACAGUUCAUACAUGUAUACUUGUAAAUGUUGACUGACUGGAUUCUUUUAGUGGAAACUAUGCAGUGAACAAAUAUUUUUGGAUUUUGUUUUGUAAAGAAGAAGACACAGAGAGAUUCCUCACAAACAUACCAGGUUGUGAAAUGUUGCCUUACUGUAAGUUUAUUGUAAGUUGAUGAUUGCUCUGUAAAAAAAGACACUCCAGCAUCAAGAAUGCAAUAUUUUCACUCUUGAAUUAAAGUAACAUUAUGCAACUUUUUGCCUUAACAAAGCAGCUUCAGAAUAAUUUUUGGUUGUAUAAUGACAGUGAAUGGUGCGUCAUUAUUUUCCGAGCCUCCCCCCUGAACACCUGUAAUUAAGGGAGUGCAGAAGAAGCUUGUUCAGGAUUCUCAGCAUGCGUUUCUCCAAUGUUUCUCAUUCGUGUGCUUGAAAAAUAUCUUUAAAUAUAACGCUGUGGAGGAUUGAAUGUGAUGAGUUUACUGUUUAUUGAACCACAAAUGAGACAAGAAUUAGGAUGGUAAAAAGGCUAAAUGCGACCAGUGUUUCAGGGGGCCAGGCCUCACUGAUUAUUGUAUAGAAACACAGGUUUAUAACUAUAUUCAGUGAUUUCGGUUGGCACUCCAAAGCUGAAAAAGUAACAAAGAGUACCAAUUUCUUACACAAUGUUAUUUUAACAUUGUUAAUCAAAUGCUGUAUUGUCAUAUAAAGUCAUCUGAAAUGUGCCUGCAUGUCAUUAAAUAGUUUACAAUUAUGAACUUGAAGUCUUACUAGAUCUGACUGAACUUUUCAGUUUUGGUUUCCAAAGUUUUUCAUAAGAAGUGAGUUUUGUAGAACCGUGAACUAUGAUCAGAAUAAUAUUUGUAUAUGUUUAUGAUUUCCAUAUGUGUUACUUAAUAAUCGGGGGGGGGG